AUGGCUGUACCCCAUCAUCGCCAUCGAACCUCUUUGGAAGGUGUCAUUUUUCCUCCACCUCGACGCUUGUCGCCAGAAGAGCACGACGAAGCCACUAAACUUUUCAACAGCCUCAUCGAGCAUUUUGAGCCUUUGCAGGCAUCUAACAAGGGCUACAAACCAUUAACACUUUUACGCCUCACGAAAGGAGGAGUCUCCGUUGGAGAUGAGUUUCUAGAACUUUUUUUCACUUUUAUUCAAUGCGAUCGACUUGGAGUCCCGGAAACCACUCUAGCUGAGACCUUAGCAUCCCUACGCAGCUUUCAGGGAUGGACUUCCGAAGAACAGCAUGAACUAAGUCAAAGCUUGGUUGAAUUCUCUUAUUUUCUGAUGGAUAAUUUUUACCUACCACUUAAAUCACUAGCCGCAAAGACUCCUCAGCCUACGCCGGCAUUUCUUUCUCGUCCUGAUUUGUCCGAUCCAGCUAUCGGCACUCCACAGCGCGUCUCCAACUUGCGAAAAUGCUGCCUUACGCGUGACCGGCAUCGAUGUGUCGUAACCCGUAAAUUCGACGUACGUGAGGCUGAAGCGCGAUACAGAAUCGACGGAUCGAACGUUAGAGAUGAUGAUGGGAACUCCCUGCUAGAGGAAACUGGAAAUACAACUUUUCUAGAAGUGGCGCAUAUCAUUCCCCACUCUCUUAUGUCUCAUAGCGACAUUUCAGGAGAGUCGAAACUAGUACAACUUCAUCAGUUGUUUGGUAAUUUUGAGAUCGCUUUCGAGUCGGUUCCUGAUCAGCCACAUACGUACAAGAUCGAUUAUAUAAACACAAACCGCAUGUUUCGACCCGACAAUCUUCCUGUUACCCGCCCGCUGUUCAUCACACCCGACAGAAGUGUGGAGCCCCCUUCUCCUCAACUAUUGGAAUUACAUCGUGUCAUUGGGCGAAUUCUUCAUCUUAGUGCUGCAGGUGAAUACAUCGAUAAAUUGGUUCGGGAUAUGGAAGAUAUGGAGGCGGGGGGAGUCUGUUCGGACGGGUCUACUCGCAUCGAUGAUUACGUUCGCUAUAGACUAACAACUGAAUUUCAUCAGAUGAUUGUUUGCUAA